AGCUGGCAACCGUGCUGGAUAAGCAUUGACCACUCACACACGCUUGAGAAACUUGGGCCCAAUCCCAAGCACUGUGUAGCAUCCAUCUACCGGUACCUUGUGCGACACAUGGGACUCCAAUGGCAAGCUUGCAGAGCUUCCCACACUGACAAGUGCCGACCGGGUUCUAUUCCCCGUCUCUGCCUUGCGGGGCACAGUGAAGACCAUCUCAUCGGAUGGGCCUUUUAGGCUUGGGCCUGGUUUCUUAUCGGGCAACAAGCCGACUAGGGAGAUGCUGAAAGGGGUAGACCUGGACAGGUGUCACGGCUUCCGAGGCUUGUUUCGUUUCGUUGAGGCGGACUACGCAAAGCAAGCCAAGUGGCAGUCGCCUGCUACUGCUGCUGCUGCUGCAAAGAAACUUGCCGGACUAUCCAAGAGCGUGUUUAUUAAUGGAUCCUUCUCCAGUCUCGGCGUCUGGGCGGCCGUGGCGUUGAGACGAAGGGCCAUGGUAUAAGUUUCUCCCCAGUCCUGCCGUCUUUCAUUCCAAGUCUUCGUACCGACUUGGCAUUCUUUGACAUUCUGCGAACAUCAAAAACCAUCUACUCAUUUCCAUCCAUCCCCCCCCCUUCCAGGCUGGUCCAUCAUCCCUCCCAAGCUCAAGACCAACUCCGCCUGCUUGUCCCGCCUUGACCAUUUCUACCUCUGGCUGAAAUCUC